AUCACAGUGAAGAAAGCAGCAGUGCACAGCACCAUCGGACGAACCAUAGCAGACGACUGCGGCCCAUCGAAAAGGAGGUUAAAUUUAAGUGUGACCACCCAGAGCUGCCUAAACGUGCCGCACAAUGAACUACGGGCGCAAAACGCCGUCGACGUACCGGUCGACACCGUCGGUAUACUCGCACAUUACCAGCCGAUCGCAAUCCAAUCUGCACUCGCAGCGAUCGCGCUCGAUGAAGUCCGUCAUGGUGCCCUGGUACCAGAAGCCGCUCCUGCACAACAACAAAUAUCUGGACAUUCAGCGCGGCGCCUUCAUCAUGGGCCUGUUCUCGAUCUUCGUGGCGAUCUUCACGAUCGGUACGGCCGUGUUUGACAUCUACUGCCUGGCGCUGGCAGCGCCGGGCUCGUCCCACUACGGCUACUACAUCAUCUCGUACGAGUUUGUGUACGUGGGCAAUGUGCACGUGCGCAAUGCGCUGAUGGUGGCCGCACUGUUCUCGCUGAUCGGUGGGCUGGUCGUGCUGGUGACGAGCAUCAUGCUGGUGCACGCGUUGCGCAAGGAGUACGAAUCGAAGAUCGUCCCGUGGCUGUGGUCGUUUGCCAUCUUUACGCUGUUCCGGCUGCUGGCGUUCCUGUUCUUCUCGAUCGUGAACGAUCUGAUCUUCGCGUACAACAUACUGAUCACGCUGAUCUGGAGCGUCAUCAUCGUGGCGUCCCUGUACGGCUGGCUGAUGGUGUACUCGCUCUACCUGGAGCUGGCCGAUCUGACGAAGCUGGAAGAUCUGGCGCACCUGCGAAUGGGUACGAUGCAAUCGCUGAACGCGUCCGUAGCGCACUCGCUGGCCGGUUCGCGACCAACGACACCGCACAGUACCGUCUCGACCAUGCCGGUCGGCGACACGAAGUUCAUUUAGAAAGCCAUCCAUCCGACAUUGGUUCGACAUUAACCGUCCGUACAUUCCGUCCACGUCGCAAAAGCGACACAACCCUCCGUACAAAUUGCAAAACGAGGAC